AUGGCUGGGUUCUUUAAAAGGCAUAGUAAAAAUACUGGUAAGGGUGCCUCUGCAUCUUCCCCAAAAGUUCACACUAAGAAAGGUUCAAAGGAAUCCACGUCUUUCAAUGUUUUGGCAUCAUCGAUGAAGAGCCCUGUAAUGAAGCAAAGUCAAGAAAAUACACCUAGAAUGAAUGGGGAAAGUACAAAUUUUAAUGGAAAUAGCCAUCAACUGUCGUCAAAUUCGGAAUCCUCUCCUGGGACUUCAGCCCAGCAAUCAUCGCCUGAGUCCAUGAGUACUCCUGUAUCUGACACUAUCAGUCGUUCAUUGGGAAGUGAAAAAUCACGUCAACGAUCUCCAUCGCAUCCGAUAAGUAGUGAGGAGACCCCAUUUGCCCGUACUUCCACACCAAUACAUCAGCAGAUUCAAAACUUUAUUGGUGCGCCAAAUACUAAUACUGUUAAUGCCAAGCCUUCUGUUGAUAAGAACUUAAAGGAAAGAUCGGAAUCACGAACUCUCACUCCCUCGCAAUUGAAAAGAGAAUUGGGGCAUACACCAUGGAGGAAGAAAAGAUUAUAUAAUUCUCCUUUUCCAAGGUUUAGUCAUGCGACGUCUUCGACAACGUCGGAUACUGGGGCCAUUUAUUUAAUGGGUGGUUUGGGUGGCAAGAAUGUGUUUGGUGAUAUGUGGAUCAUAGAGCCAGUUAAGCAUGAGAGUCAAUUAUCACUGCCAUCGCCAAAACAUACUAACGAUAAUUAUCCUUAUAUUGCUUCCCCCAUUGAAAAUUUUGACAGAAUGCCUGCUCCAAGAAUUGGUCAUGCUUGUGUCUUGAUAGGCAACGCUUUUAUCAUAUUUGCUGGAGAUACAGUCACUAACUCCACCCAGGUUCUUGACAAUAAACUCUACUUUUUCAAUAUAACGUCACUCAAAUGGACGGUGACAAAGCCGGUCGGUUCCAGUCCUAGUGGAAGAUAUGGACAUCAAAUUGCUGUUUUGAACUUUGAAGUACCACAUCAAUCGGGACGUUGGUUGAGCUAUCUUUAUGUGUUUGGAGGGCAGCUUGAAGAUGAGUAUUACUCUGACAUAUGGAAAUUCAAUCUCACUAACUUUAGAGAUCCCAAAACAUCGUGGGUUAAGAUUGAUCCAUCUAAUUCUAAAGCUGGUAUCAUUCCAUCACCGUUGGCAAACCAUACAAUGACUGCUUUUGAGGACAAGCUCUAUGUUUAUGGUGGAUUUGAUGGGAAAUUUGUGCACGACGACUUGUUAAGGUUUGAUCCCAUUACGGAAGAUUGGACAAAGUGCGAUCUUCAUGGGAAAGGUAGACCUCCUGCAUUACAGGAUCAUGCCGCUGCGUUGUAUCAGAAUCUUUUGUUUAUAUAUGGAGGAAAGCUUGAAGAUGACAGCCUCUCGUCUGAUCUCUACGUUAUUGAUUUAAAGACAUAUAACUGCUGGAAGAUCAAAGCUGAUUUGGCAUUCAAUCCAGGUCCUAGAUGUGGUCAUUCACUGACUGCCGACAUUGUAAAUGAGAAGCUUGUGAUUAUGGGAGGUGAUGGUUCAGAUAAAGAUUUCACCGGUGUUUAUGAGGAUGCCAGGCGUGCUCUUGAUGAAAGCCAAUUUUCUUUUCCAAGUUCUGUUAUUUAUGAAUUUGAUUUACGUCACAUUUCAAAAUAUAUGGAAAAAGAUAACGCAUCUGGUUCUAUUCAUGGAGAGUCGCACUCACCACAAAAAGACAUAUCAGAAAGCUCUGCUAAUGUGUCCAACAGUACAUCCGUCACUAGUGGAGAACAAUUUACAGAUGCAAGCGAUAUUCAACCAGUUGUUGAGGCUUCAAAUAAGGGUAUUUCUACCAAGAUCAAUCUCGAAGAAACUAGUAAUAACGAUACUGUCGUCAUAGCAUCUUCUUCAAAGCCUACGAGUAACAGUGCGAAUAUUUCCAGCGAUAUCCAAGUGCAGAAUAAUCAUUUUCCUAAAACGUAUGAUACCAAUCACACACCAAUCAAUUCUGAAUUUCCUUCUGAUGUUAAAACCCCUGAAAGGGCUCCUGACAGGCCCGUUAUGGACUUGAGUAAAGGUGUUGCAGCCCCUCGAGGAAGCAAUGCUUCAGAUGAAGAAAAGGAAACAGAUUUGUUAGAUCCCCCACCAAAGAGAUCGGAACUUACCCCAACUAUUUUGCCUGCCACCAAUAGCAAAGUUGAGUUGGUUGGUAACGACGAUGAUGGAAAUAUGAGUGAUGAAUCUGAUAGUUCUGUCGUGCGUACUGAAGCUUCCACUGCUGCUUCUAAUAUUCCUUAUGAACAAGUUCCGGCUAGCAAAGAGACUGGAAGUGUUGAUCGACAUGCUUCGGAGGAAACAGAUUCUCAGUAUAUUGGCUCAAUAUCGGCAGAAUCUCAAAAAUUGCAACAGAUGGCAAGUAUGAUAAGAAACUUGAAAAAAGAGAUGCAGGAGCGUGUGAAUGACGCGAACAAUCAAAUUGUCAAGUUGGAAAAUGAAAAACAUGAGGUUUAUAUGAAGUUGGAAAAUGUAAAGCAAAAAAGUCGUGAUACGUCGUCGAGAAAUGAUGAACUUGAUCGAAAAACUACUCAGAUUCAGGAACUACAAAAAAGACUUAAGCAGUUGCAAAAUUCUGGAAGUCUCAAUGUUUCCGUCCAGUCUGAGUCUCUUACAGAUAACCAAAAAGAUUCUCAAAGUGAUAACAAUUCCCCACAAGAUUUGACAAUACGUGAUAAAGUUGGAUACGAAAAUAAAAUUCUCAAAUUGGAGAAUGAUAACUCAAAUAUAAGGAGGAACUUUGAAAGUACCGUUUCAUACAUUAAGUCUGAGUUAAUGAAGUUUAAGGGAUUACAUAGAGUCGUUGAAGCUCAACAAAAGAAAAUCUCAAACUUGCAGGAGCAAUUAGUUGAAGAGGCUGAAUUGAGAAGGAAGAUUACAGAAUUGGAAGGUAAAUGCAGAGCAGCGGAAGAUGAGGUUGAAAAACUCCGUUCUGUCUACGGUGUUUCUGAGGGAGAUAAAAGGUUGGAUCAUGGGCAGAAUGAAAUUGAGAAGGCAGAGCCUACUGACUCAUUAUCUUCUGGAAAGCAGUUUGAUGUUCAGCCUCUUCUUGAAAGAUUAGAUGCAGUGUCGCUUCGGGAGGACAGAACUAUGGAUGGAAAAGAUGAAUCACAAUCGUCUCGGAAUAAGACGAUCCAAGAACUUCAAUCACAAGUUGAUAAGUUGCUUAAUGUCGACAAGGAUGAGGAAAAUCAGUUGAGAAGCAAAGUCGAAGUUCAGGAUAAGAGACUUAAAGAGCUCGAGGAAGCAUACAAGAAUUCUGUUAACUCUCUCAAUAAUACGCACAGAGCGUUGACCCUUUCUCAAAGCGAAAUGGAAAAGUUGAAGGAUGCGAACAAAAAAUUAAGUUCUGAUUUAGACGAGUUAAAGCUUAAGCGUAGUAUAUCGCCAAAAGUUAGAUCCGAUGAGGAUGCCGAAAAUGGAGAGUCAAAGGGCAUAAACUCUAGCAACGAUGAAGAUUUCUCUGAAAUUGAAGCUCAAUACAGUUUCAAGAUCAAGGACUUGGAGGCUGAAUUGUUCAUUGCUUCCCAGGAGAGAGAUAAGAUGAGAGAGGAGUUAGUGUCAUUAAAGAAAAAGAUAUUUACUUCACCAGAUGUCUCUGCAUCGCCACAAAUGUGA